AUGUUUUCACGACCAGCGACGAACGCCCUACGGGGUGCUUCCGUAGCACGCACAGGCAGUAGCCGCUGUAUCUCGUCCCUCGGACGGGCCAAAACACGCUCUCAGAUCAGCUUCCACGCUAGAACACCACAUCGAGGCCAACAGUCUCGCGGAAAGGCCUCGUUCACCCGCGGCGCCAAAGAGCUCUGGACCGCCCAUCCCUACCUGGUCUCAUUAGCAGCUGCUGCCAUCCUCGCCGGCUCUGCUGGUAUUGCCUACGCCAACUACCUCUACUCGUCCUACAUCAUCGCCUCGUUCCACAACUACCCCGAGCCCGUCGCCCAGAAGCUGCGUCGCGCCAUCUACUAUACAAACAUCGACCUCGACCCCAAGAAUGCCCUCAAGUACUACAAGCAAGCUCUGGAGAUUGCCAAUGACCUCGGCAUGGAUCCCUUCUCCAACGAGAUCAUCGGCGUCAAGAUCCAGGUCUCGGCCCUGAUGGAAAAGAUCCAGAACUACCCCAAAGCCAUUCAAGUCCUCGAGAUUCUGAGAAACGACUGCUUGGCCUGGGAGCAAAAGUUCGGCCAACUCGACGACCACAAAGAGAAGCGCACACGCAUCAUGAAGCAGCUUGUUGCCAUGUCCGUCAAGCUUGGCGAUCUAUACUCGAACCAAUACGUUCAAGACUCCAAAGCCGCAGAGGAGCGACUUGUUUGGGCUCUAGAGACUUCGCUACGCGAAAAGCAACGCAGACGAGAGCCCGCUGUGCUGGACAAGGAGGGCGAGUGGAUGACCGACAACGAGAUGGGUGCAUCCAUGGAGGCCCUCGCUCACAACUACGAGGAACAAAACAAGCACUACUUGGCCACUCCUCUCUUCCUCCAAGCUCUGAACUUCAAGGCCGACAAAGAUUGCCAUUCCGUCAUCCUCAUGAACAAUCUUGCCAUCUCUAUCGCUCAGCAGAAUCCUCCUCAGUCCCCUGAGUCAAAGGCUCCGUCACGCGCUGUCUUGCUGGAGAAUGCUAAGAGCUGGGCUCAAAAGGCUCUCGAUCUUGCUGCUGAUAUCCAGCCGCCAGUCCGUGAUGAGGAAUGUGAUGUCGGCUGUGCUGUUGCUCUACACAAUCUUGGCGAAUUCGCCGAGAUGAACAAAGACAUCAAAGAAGCCAAGAAGCGCUACAAGGAGGCCAUCAGCCUUGCCAGAGCCAUCAACUUCGAGGAUGGCCUCGAGAAUAGCUCGGCUGCUCUCAGGCGACUAUCGUAG